CAAGGGCAAGGCUGAGCAAAGCGAGCUCGAUCCAAUAUACGAUGGCGUCCAGCGACGGGAAACCGGUGCCAACCCCGGCCUCUGAGGGCGGCACCGCGCCGCCGGGGCAGCCGACCACGGUGGCGUCGAAGGUGCUAGACAUGGGCGCGGCGGCGAUGCAGUCGCUGCGGCCCGUGAAGCAGGUGAAGCAGCACGUGUGCACGUUCGCGCUGUACUCGCACGACCCGAAGCGGCAGGUGGAGACGCACCACUACGUCUCCCGCCUCAACCAGGACUUCCUCCAGUGCGCCGUCUACGACUCCGACAGAGCCGACGCCCGGCUCAUCGGCGUGGAGUACAUCGUGUCGAGGAAGAUCUUCGACUCGCUGCCGGCGGAGGAGCAGCGGCUGUGGCACUCGCACGCGCACGAGAUCAGGUCAGGCCUGUGGACGAGCCCGCACAUGCCGGUGCCGCUGGAGAAGGCGGAGCUGGACCACCUGGCCACCACGUUCGGCAAGUUCUGGUGCACCUGGCAGGUGGACCGCGGCGACCGCCUGCCGCUGGGCGCCCCCCCGCUGAUGGUGUCCCCGCAGGCCGACCCCGCCGCCACCGUGCGCCCGGACCUGGUGCGGAGGCGAGACGACAGGUACGGCUUCUCCACGGAGGAGCUCCGCGUUGCUAGGGCCGAUGUCGAGGCGCCCGCCGAGGAGCACCCGGCGCAGCAGGCCGACUACUGGCUCCGCCACCGCAAGGGGUUCGCGGUGGACGUCGUGCCGCACGAGAUGAAGCGUCACGCGGCGUUCCCGUGAGCGGUGAGCCGCCAGCCGCGUGUGUGCAAAACCAGUACUGUGUCUGUACAGUGGCGCAUGUGUAAUAAAACAAAGGACAAGCAUCCAACCAGCAGUCUCCGAACUCAUGUGAGUCAUGAAUGGCAUGCGUUUGUUUGUUUUUCAGUUCAUGAUGAGUGUUCAAAUCAGCCAUGUACGUAUUAUAUGCGUGUGUAUGGAUGAUGGAAUGAUGGGAAAAAAAACACAAACAUUGCAGGUGUUACACUA